ACACUUGACAGUUGACACAUAAACAAAAACACUUCGUUUGCUGGUGUAAAUCUUGGUGUUUUGCAAAAAUAUCAUGUCUGGUGAAGAUUACGAGGCUUUUGAUCGUGCAGAUAAUGAUGGCCAGAAGCCGGAUAAGAUGUUUACCUUAAAGAAGUGGAAUGCCGUGGCCAUGUGGAGCUGGGACGUUGAGUGCGAUACCUGUGCUAUUUGCCGCGUACAAGUCAUGGACGCGUGUCUUCGCUGCCAGGGCGAGAGCAACAAGAAGGACGCGUACGGCAAGCAGGACUGCGUGGUGGUGUGGGGCGAGUGCAACCACUCCUUCCACUUCUGCUGCAUGUCGCUGUGGGUCAAGCAGAACAACCGCUGCCCGUUGUGCCAGCAGGAGUGGUCCAUCCAACGCAUGGGGAAGUAAACAAUAUAGUUCGAAUCCUGUAUGUAUUAUAGUCUCAUUUUGAUCUUUAUUAAAUGGUGUUUGUAAUUUU